AUGCAUGGGAUCGUCUGGUCAAAGCUGCAGUGCACCGUGCCAUAUACAAUUGCUGAACCACGAGCACUCUCUCCAUGUCUUGAAGACACACGAACCACUGUUUUGAAGAGCAUCCGGCAGGUAGUUGAUGAGAAGAGCCAGAAAAAUGUCUGGUUGCACGGAUUUCCAGGUUCAGGAAAAACAUCUAUCUUAUUCACGAUUGCAGAAGAGCUACGGGCACAAAAACGUCUUGCCGGAACUUUUUUCUUCUCCCAUAAUGAUGUAGACAAGACGAUGUGCGAUAAUGUCGUGCCAACCCUUGCAUAUCAGUUGGCCCUUACAUUCCCGUCGGUGAAAAGCGAGAUCAUCAGAACCAUUAUUGAUGAUCCUGCAUUGUUAUCACGCCUGAAAUCUCGAAAGGACCAAAUCCAACAUCUUAUCAUCAAACAUCUUUGGAGAAUCCAAUCUCGGUCACCUGUGACAUUCAUCAUCGAUGCGUUGGAGGAAUCCUGUUCCCCCUGCGAUGCUGUACGGGUGGCACACUUACUAGCGGAAGCCAUAGGCGCCUACAAGGAUCCACUCAACGCCCACAUCAUUCUAGCUAGCCGACCCAAGUUGCGCAUUAACGAAGCCUCUUGGAAGGAUUCGGAGACAUUCAAGAAAUCUCCUUGCAGGAUUACGAUGGGGAGACAAGCAGAGAUAUCCGUCACUUCCUUAUGCACGAAUUUCAGCGAGUUGUCCAGACUCGUCGGCAACUCAUUUUUAUGUGCAUCCAUAGCGAUGAAAUACAUUUCGCACCCGAGAAAACACCCUGUUUCGAGGUUGGAUGCAUUCUUGUCAUCACCCGAUGCUACGGCAGAUGCAUAUGCCGACCUGGAUUACACCCCCUUCCGCGCUCUCAACUCCUGCAAUUUUGUUCCUUUGGAUUAUAGCGAGAGCCUCGACCUCACUCUGGAGGAAUUUUCGUCGAUUCUGAUUGUGUCACCUGAUCAACCCACGAUUCCCAUCCAACCAUAUCAUUCAUCGCUAUUCGAGUUCUUCGCAAACCCAGUGCGCUGUCGCCCACAUUACGUCGACUCUACAGAGAUCCAUAAGGGUCUCGGACACCAGUGUUUUGUCAUUCUACAUAAACUCAAGGCAAAUCUAUGCGAUCUCUCAGACCACACAACCAUGACCAUCGAAGACAGUCGUUUCUGGCAUAAACGAGACACUGUUCUUCCUGAUAUCGUGCAAUGUGCUUGCCGUCAUUGGGUACACCAUCUAUCUUUCGCAAAUUACAAUGAGGGCGAGCUCAGUAAUGGCCCAAACAAUGUUACGGAAAGCCCGUGCCGUGUUUUCCGUGAGUUUGGAUGGUCCAAAGUCAUGCCUUAUCUUGAUUUCACACUUGUGAACAGGUCACUCGCGACUGCGGAACAACUGAUCGUACUUUAUUUUGAUCCCAUCAGCAUGUUCCCCCUCCAGGUUUACUAUAUUGUAGCAGCAAUGGCAGAUUUAUCUGGAAAAUUUCGGCUGAAUUCUCCGAGUAUACUGGUCCGCAGGAUUGGGUCUGGCACGGUUUCUGAUAGUGCAUAUCGAUUUCCUAUGUCCAAACUGCAGUCUUCCCUGGAGAAUCCAGGGAUAUAUCAAGGACCGCAUGUCGAGGAAACGGAUUCAGAAGUUUUAGGCGUAUUGGCGGAUGUGAGCCCAUCACCCCCAAUUGAUGUGCAUUUCAUCUGUCAGACCCGGUUUCCUUGUAGAGCGCAACUGGUCUCUGAGACCACCCUCCCCAGGGAGGUUCUCACCAAAUUCCCUAACAGGUUUAUGCAACCCUCUCACACACCUCCACGAGGAGCAACCCUCCCGCCCUGCAUCCGUUUGCGCACCUCGUCAGUAUCCCUUGCCUCGCCUCAAGAGGCACAACGGUACCCUUGCGAACCACCUCACGGACUCGUCUGUUAUCAUCAAGAGGGUAGCCCUGCCAGUCUUAGUGGCCUCAUUGAGAGCCUGGAGAGCCCUAGCACAUUAUACCAAGCUUCUCCCGUCAUUAAUAUUGUUAGUAUAGUGACCCUCUCGUAG